UAAUAGUAAUGUUGGUCUUUACUAACAUUAGUCAUUUGCUACCUUAUCUUGGUGGCAUAUGUCUAGUGGAUACCAUUAAGGACCAAUAAUGGUAAUGGUUUUAAUGGUUAAUAGCUGAUGGUUUGUAAUGGUAUCUGAAGUGGAAACCAUUCGAAUUUCUUUGAUGUUUCUGUUGUUUUUUUCUCAGCAGGGUUUGAAGCUGUUGUGAGGGAAAACUUCACUGUUAUGAUGCUCGGACACUGGAGACUUCUUCCAUAAAUGAUAAAUAAACGUCUCUUUCACCAUAUAAAUGAUUAUACGUCUGUUAAAUAACGUUUAAUUUUUUAAAUUUGUUUACAUGUAAACAUGGUAGACGAAUACAAAUCCCUGUACCUGUAGACGUUUUUUUUUUGUUUGCAGCUGCUGUUAUAGAAAAUUAAGCAACACCUUCUGAUUAAUCAGAUUCAAGAAUUCAACAAUAUAAUCUUUAUUUAUUAUAAGGGAGUAAUGACGCAAAGCAACCACUAGGGGCAGAUUUCCUGAUGAUGCCUCCACAACAAAAACAGAUCUCACAACCAAAUCAGACCUUCACACUCAUGGAUGGGCUGUUACUCGGUCAAUGCGGAUUGUAUACGUUGUGUUUUCUGCUCAUUUCCGGUCUCCGACUUCCUGCAGAGUCGCAUUUGAGCUGAAAUCUUUUAUAUUCGAGAGAAGGGAGUGUCGGAGAAGGACUGAGGGGUUUCUCAGGUGCGAACAGGAACAAGGCAGAUUGCAGAAGUGUCCACUGUGAGAGAGACGGACCUGUCAUCAGUUUGAUCAGACUCACAAGAUCGCGGUGGGGAUGAACGAGCAGGACGGAGCUCAGAGUUUUCUGAAAAGUUUUGUGGAGGAGUUUGCGAACCCGCUGGGCCAAGAUGACCCGCUUCCUCUCAAUCCACUCAGCCGCACUGUGACCCUGGAGGAGGUGAAGGGUGAAAGCCUGGACCUGGGGCUCCGGCUGCUGUCUUCCAGGAAGGCCCCUGGCUGGCUGAGCGCGUCGAUGUGCCAUGCUGCGGUCACUGAGCUUCUGAAAGAUGACCUUUCACCUUUCCAUUGCCCUAAGGACCCUGAACAGCAGCAGGAGGCUGAAGCAGAAGUAGUUUUGCUGCAGUCUGAGCCUGUUCAGCGUCUGUUUAUCAACAAGCUGCAAGAAGUGGGUGUGGCCUGGCAGAAACAGCUGCCCAAUCGGACGCCUCGGUCUUCACGGUCUCGCCUCUGUUCUGUCCACGCCAUUCGGAACACGCGCAGAAAGAUGGAGGAUCGUCACGUGUUACUUCCUGAGUUUAACCAACUAUUUGGGUUACAGGACGGUGUGGAGCGUGAGUACUAUGCUGUGUUUGAUGGUCACGGAGGAGUCGACGCAGCCACCUACAGUUCGACUCACCUGCACGUCAUCCUCAGCCAACAAGAGGUGCUGAAGAGUGACCCCAGCACAGCCUUUAAGAAGUCCUUCAUACAAACGGACGACAUGUUCAGGAUCAAGGCCAGGAGAGAGCGCAUGCGGAGUGGCAGUACGGGCGUGACCGUGUUGCUGGCUGCUGAUUGGCUGACUGUGUCCUGGCUGGGCGACUCGCAGGCCAUGCUGGUGAGGAAGGGCGAGCCCGUCAUCCUCAUGGACCCCCACAAACCUGAGAGAGAGGACGAGAAGAAGAGAAUAGAGGAUCUGGGUGGCUGCAUUGCUUUCAUGGGCUGCUGGCGUGUUAACGGGACAUAUGCCGUUUCCCGGGCGAUAGGUGAUUUCGAUCAGAAGCCGUACGUGUCCAACGCGGCAGACUGCUCCUCGGUUCAGCUGAAUGGAGAUGAGGACUACGUCCUGUUGGCCUGUGACGGUUUCUUCGAUGUUUUGCGGCCAGCUGACGUUCCUGCUCUGGUGCUGGAGGCCCUGCGUGAGGCUGGUGGCUCGGGGGAGGACGUCGCUCAGAGCCUUGUGGCUCAGGCUAAAGCUGCGGGCUCCAGCGACAACAUCACCGUGCUGCUGGUGUUCCUGCGCGAGCCUCGGGACCUUCUACUCUCAGAGAUCACAGCAGGGCAAGUGUGAGAGAGACAGGAGUGUUAGCGCAGACCAAUAGAGGGCUGAUUAUCUCUUUGCCAUCUCACUGUAUCUAACAUCGAGGCAUCAUAUUGCUCAGUGUCAUACUUUUAUGCUUAAGGUCGUCGAGGAGCGAAAUGAUGCCAGUGUAGUUCUUAAUAUCAGACAAACAGUGUUUUUUUUUUGUUUGUUUUUUAAUGCUAAAAAGUGAUGCCGUUUAUUUGACAUUUUUUACAGCCUUGUUUUCUAUUAUACCAUUUUUACAUGCAUAAAUCUGUAAGAUUGUCACCAUUUUUGAAUCUCAGUCAAGAGGCAUCAUCCUUUUUUUUAAUUUAAUUUUUAAUUUUUAUUUUUUUCCAAACUUAGCUUUGCCUUGACAUAUUGACUGUUUAUGAUGUCCCAGGUGCUUAUUGUUCCAAAAAGGAACCGUUCUUAGGGAUCACUGUUCUCUGUUUAAAAACAGCGCAAAGUGUGAACGCAUCGGUUGCGUAUGGAAUUAAAUUUGUGCCAAAAGUAUUGAACGUAACUUUUCAAGAAAUGAGCAAAAAUAUACAAUGAGAGAAAAGAGAAACACUCUGAAACUGAAAACGGUGAACUCGGUGGCACGCUCUUCGAAUAAACAGCGUUCUUUAACAGUUUUCUAAGCUUCCUUUUCGCUAAUCAUGGUUUACGAAUGCGUUUUCGUUUACGCUUUCCAACUUUCCAUUUACGCUCCGCAAGGUUGCGUUCACCAUUCUGGCACAAAUCUUACGUGUGGGUGGGGCUUAACAGCGAUUCAUUCUCAUUGGCUAGUGAGAUUUGGAGCGACAGCUCCUUGACCUGGAAGUAGAGCCUUCAGUUCUCUGCAUAGUUAUAAGUGUUUGUACUUUGUAGUGGAAAUUAUUUACUUACUUAGUCAGUAUAUUAGUUGGUAAUUUAAUAUUUGAGGUUUGGGUAGUCUCAUAUGACAAUUUUUUCCAAGAUGAGCUCUCAGGAGUCUUCAUCAUCAUCAUCAUCCUCCUCCCAUUCAGCUGGUUACUCGAGCUGUUGAUCCAAAUCUCACUAGCCAAUCAGAGUAAAUCGCUGUUAAGCCCCGCCCACACGUGAGAGAUGUGCCUGAAUGGCGACCGUAAACUUGCAGAGCGUAAAUGAAAACUCUGGCAGCGCAUUUGUAAACUGUGAUUAGCGGAAAUGAAGAUUAGAAAACUGUUAACAAAGGGACGCUGUUUAUUUGAAGAACAGGUUACGUUUUUGCCACGGAGUUCACAGUAUUCAGUCUCAGAGAGUUUUUCUCCUUUCUCAUCGUAUUUUUUUUCUGUUCGUUUCUUGAAAAGUUGCGUUCAAUACUUUUAGCACAAAUUUAAUUCUAUAGUUGUGAAGUUAUUUUCGUGACAUUAGCAAAGUGUUGGGUUCAGUUUUCUGUUAAGAUGUUAUGAUUUGCCAGCCUGUGUUUUUUAUUUUAGCUUCUUUUAUUUUUACCUUUAUUUAUAGCUGUUACAAAGCAGUAUAACGUUGUAGGGCACACCAGCCUGUAUUGGUCAAAACGUCAUGCUUUUGAAGAUAAAAUGCACACUUUUUUUUUUUUUUUGUCUUCUUAAGAACGUCAGUCAGUGUUUUUGCAUAAUUUUUUAAAAAUGUUUUAAUAUGCAUUUGUUAAUGACAUGAACUGUUAGCUAGCCUUUUAGUGCCAAAAAAACCCAACAUUUUUGCAGGAGUCUAACUUAGCCAGGAGUUCUUUGUGUAUGUAAUCUCCUUUAGUGUGUAUGUAUAUAAUUAAUAUAAUUAAUAUAAUUUAACUUAAAGGGGCUGUUUGUAAUUUUUAGAGCUUUUUUUUUUGGCCUGUGAACUGAACUGCAGUUGCAACAAAAAUAUUCAUAAACCCCACCUCCUCUGUUAAAACUACAUAUGAUUUUUGAGUUUCCUUGUAAAUGAAAGUGGAGGAGCUAAUUUCAGGGCCAGAAAAAUGUAACCAAGUCUUCAAUUUUUUUAGGGCGGAAACCCUAGCAAAAUCUAUUAUGUAACAAUAUUCAGUAUUGCAAACUCCAGUUUUCUGAAAGUAUUUUUUAAACUUUGAUUAUUACAGGCCUAGAAGCACUUCUAAACUUUACAGACAACAACUUUAAUCCCUUUUCCUCAUUGAAAACAGUGUUACGGUGAUUAACGUGGUCAGUUUUCCAGACUUUAAUUUAUUCUAAUUCCAGACUAAGACAGACUUUUUGAGUCCAAGCCUGGAAAAACUGUUCCUCCAAACAUGUUGGUUCCUCCAAAGACUAGUUUGUUUGUGUUUGAGGAAUAUUAACUUGCAGCCAGGCCGGCUUGCUGUCGGGCCACAGGUCCUGCAUGCGCUGGGCCGUCUCACGUUACCGUCUGUUCAGAUGUCAUGAAUAUUUGAAAGCCUUGUGACAUGGAACUAAUAUGACUGGACCAUGGCUUUAACGCAAGCAGGCUAAAAAUAGAGCUAACUAUAUAGCGAGAUGAGGAAGGAGAAAGUGUUGAUUUAGUGAUUUUGGUCUAUAGAAAAUGCUGAGGAGCGUGACGUGCAGUGAUUUUCUUUCACAUUUUCAUUUUUAAUCUGUUUUAACAAUCUUGGGUGUGACUAUGAAUAACUGACUUACAAUAUCUUCUAUCUGCCUCAGAAACGUGUCUUUACUGUUGUUCUGCUCAGCAUUGCAGUUUGCAACAGCGAUCGGACAUUUUGGAGUGAUGUAUGUGUGCUUUUUAUUUUUUAAAAACUGAUAACGUGCAUUUUGUAUGUGAAUAAUUGAAUAAUUCAAUGAUCUUGUAUCUGUCUCGGUAAUGACAGUGGUUGCCAUGGUUACUGGUAUAAAUGGACUAGCAGUGCUAACCUCUAUUGUGUUUCAAGGAUAAAACGACAUGAAUAGAGGUUUUUCGUUUUUGGCAUCCAUACCAGAUUAUUUCCUGGUUAACAAAUGUCGUUAAGCGAUAUAUUUCAGAUUUUUGUAGAACCAGCAACAGCACCGAUAUUAGUUGUAAGAAAAAUACACCGAAGGGUAUGAAGAAAUCCAUUAUGGGGCUGAUUUCUUUCCAGCCCACUCUGGAGAUUCAUGCAGCCGAUCAGCCUAUAUUUUCUUCGUUGAGUUAUUGAUGAGUAGAUUUGAACCCUUAAAAUUUUAGGAUAGUAGAAUGUUUUUUUUUUUUUAAACUUCCAUUUCAUUUUUUUCUCUCCAAUUUGCUCACCUGCAAAUUCCCACCCAUCUCCCCUAUCAUACGACAGCUUAGCUACCAACAAGGAAGCGUGAAGACUAGCACGUUUCUGAGAUAUGUGAAAACCAGCCAACAGCAUUGUUUCAAACUGCUGCUCAUGCUGCAUCACAGGGCAGCGUAACACACUCGGAGGAAAGCACUAUCUGCCCUCUUCCGCAUACUAGAGCUCGUGGACGCCCUUGAUUGGUUAGUGUCACUGUGAUCGACACUCGUGAGAAAGCAUGCCAUCCCUCCCACCCUGAGAUCACGGCCAUGGAUGGUCGUAGCGUUGUCAGGGUUCGAAUUUACAAUCUCCUGACGAAUGCUUUUCUGUUGCACCACUUUCACCUUAAGAGCAUUCGAUUUCUAUGACGAGUUUCCCCGAGAACCUUUUCUAAAUGUUCCUGCAAUGUUUUUUAGUCAAGUAAAGUUCUGUCCAACUUUAAACGUUGUGUGAGAAAAUCGUUAUCCCCGCCAAUGUUUUCAGAACAUUUCAGAAACGUUAUUUUUGUAACGUCACAGCCGAAUUGUCGUAGAACCUGUUAAAUAUGUGACUGAACACGAGGUUUGGAUGCUUUUCUCUUGGGUGCUUUCCUGCCAUGUGUCGCGUCAUGACGUUGAAAACCCUUAGAUCAGGAGUGCAUGUAUUUGACUGUGACGUGCUUUGAUUUGGCUAUCAGUUAUCUCUCUGCUGUUAGUCUUUACAGUCAUUGUGUGCGCCUUGCAUAAUGUGGAAACUUAAUCCGUCUGAUCUCACAUUUCCCAUCAGACCAGUAAUACUUCAUGACUUCACUGGAGAUGUAAUCAGACAUGUUUAGAUCAAACUAAUAUCCUGCUUUACCGAUGUAUAAUGUUAUGUGUAUCAACAAAACACACUUCUUUUUUUUCUUUUUUCUUUUUUCGCAGUUGGGUACAGUUUGUCUCAUCUCACGCGAAUUGUUUUUGAGCAGAGUUAACAUUUAUAAUAUUGAACAUCAUGUAUUCUGAGUUUUUAUUACCAUUGAACAGCCUGUGGUGAAUUACUUUCUGAUGCUGAAACAAAUCGGUUCAUUAUUGACUGGAUGCAGCGUUCUAAGGGAAAUUAGUAGCUUGUUGAUGUUUGUAUUAUUAGAGGACGUGAAUCCAGAACACUUAACCCAUGUGUAACGCAUAUCUCACACUUUUGUGCCUUAUUUUGUUGUAAUACAAACACUGCCAAUACACACAACUGGAUUCUUUUUCACGUGUACUGAACUGAACCGACCGGCUUGUUCAUUCCACUUGAACUUUUCUACGUGCUGUCGUGCCUGUUUUAAAGGGUUUAUACACUUUUCUACUUUAUAUCGACGAAUAACUUUGAUUCCACACUGUUUUUGUAUGUCGUUAAUACGUAAUUUAAUGAUAACAUCGGUCAUUUAGAAUUGAUUCAGGUUUCUGUAAGGAAAAGCCAGUGGAUAUAUUUUGGAAACCUUUUCCUGGAAAGUAUUACAUCUGCAUUUCAUUUGCAUUCAGUAACACGGAAGUUGAAAUCUAAUAUUCAGUCGGAAUAUUAAAUAAACGAUAACCACAUGUCUCAUUUGCAGGUCUCAUUUGUUGCAAUUUAUCGUAAAUUCCAUACAUAACUGCUGCUGUAGUAGGCCAUCGUUUUUCAAGGUGGUUCAAUGUAAUUGGUGGUUAAAAUAAUUAGUGCAAGUCAAACAUGGCCAGUUCUUUUACAUGUACUGUACCUUCUCACUUUCUACUCAUAAUAACUUCCAAACAUAUUUGAAUAAACAUGUUAAUUUCUUUUCUUUCUCUCCUGUUAGAAUUUCAGGUGAAUGGUGGUAUUUAUAGCCUAGUGUCCUGAUAAUUAUGUGAAAUAUAACCCUAAAUUGUGGUUCUGUAAAGAGCCGGUGAAGAAACUAAUAUUAAAAUCCGCAUUGUCUCACAGCUCCAAGGUCCCCGUGUUCUCGCCUGUGUCUGUGUGGGGGUUUCCUCUGGAUUCUCCGGUUUCCUCCCACGUCCUAAAAACAUGCGGCUAGGUGAAUUGGCUAUGCUAAGUUAACCCUAGAUGUGAAUGAGUGUGUGCAAAAGGAACAGUGUCCUGUCCAGGGUGUGUCCCCGUUCCGUGCCAUGUUCCCGGGAUAGGCUCCAAACCCACUGGAGUUCUUACUGAAGAUGAAUUAUUGGAUAUACUGAAAAUAUUUAAGAAACACCUAGUAGUGUAAAUGUAAAAAAUAAAAAAAAAGGAAAUAAAUACUCACAAGGAAGUACUUUUGCCAGUAAA